UUUUUUUUACAGUUGUUAUUGGCUUUUAGCUUAAGAAGCACAAUUGGUUGAGAGGUGUUGUUGAUGUUAGCAGUGAUGGUGGAUUGGAUUAAUUGAAUGAAGAUAAGGGUUUCAAAGAGUUUGAUGGGUUAGGAAGGAAAUGAUGGCUUCAGGAUUUGAAAUCUCGCCUCAGGUGACCGGAUAUGUUGGUGGGUGCUCAAAGGACAGUGCUACAAUGUCUGCUCCGGCUCCUGCCAUGGAAGAUCAUCACAAUGGUGACACUUUGGUCAGUCCCAAUCAAGUUCCUACUGGAAAACCUCCGCGGAACAUUUCGGUUAUGAGGCAUUGCACCAGCUCUGCAUUCUUGUGUGAAUCAGAUUCAGAUCUUGGAAAUUUUGGCUUGAAGUCACCUUCAAUUGAGACAUCAGACUUUGUUUCUGUAUUCCGUUCGGGGAGCUGUUCUGAAAAAGGACCAAAACAGUAUAUGGAAGAUGAGUAUAUUUGUGUGGAUAAUCUUGAGGAACAUCUUGGCGAUUCAGUAAACCUGCCUUCUCAUGGGGCAUUUUAUGGGGUCUUUGAUGGGCAUGGUGGUGUUGAUGCUGCAUCAUUCAUAAAAAAGAACCUCCUUAAUUUCAUUGUUCAAGACUCUCAUUUCCCAAAUGGCCUUAAAAAAGCAACUAGAAGCGCUUUUGUGAAGGCUGAUCAUGCAUUUGCGGAUGCUACCGCUCUUGACAAGUCCUCUGGUACCACCGCUUUGACUGCUCUUAUCCUGGGAAGGAACAUGCUAAUAGCUAAUGCUGGUGAUUGUCGAGCUGUACUUGGGAAGCGAGGAAGGGCAAUUGAACUAUCUAAAGAUCAUAAACCUAAUUGUACCUCCGAAAGAUUAAGAAUUGAGAAGCUGGGUGGCGUCAUCUAUGAUGGAUAUCUCAAUGGCCAACUAUCGGUGGCACGUGCUCUUGGGGACUGGCAUAUCAAGGGCUCUAAAGGUUCAAACUGUCCCUUAAGCUCGGAGCCAGAGCUGGAGGAACUUGUCCUAUCAGAAGAAGAUGAAUUCUUGAUAAUGGGAUGUGAUGGCUUGUGGGAUGUGAUGAGCAGCCAGUGUGCAGUCACAAUGGUAAGAAAGGAGCUCAUGCAACAUAAUGAUCCUGAGAGAUGUUCCAAAGUUCUUGUCAAGGAGGCGCUCCAACGAAACACAUGCGACAACCUGACUGUUGUCGUGGUGUGUUUCUCCAAAGACCCUCCUCCCAAGACCGAAAUUCCUAAAUCCCACAAGAGGAGAAGCAUUUCAGCUGAAGGGUUGGACCUUCUCAAGGGUGUCUUGAGCAACAUUUGAAUACACACAAAGUGCUUCAAGCUUUCUGAGGCUCUCCCUCCGCCCUGUUGCGGCCGCAGACUACUGAUUUCUUUAACUAUACGUCAUGUACAAUUUUCAACACUACAAGACACCCCGAUUUUGAAGCUUCAGAAAAUUUUCAGAUUUUAGUACCAUUUAAGUUGCUGGUAAAUAGAAACAAAGCUCUUAAAAGAGGUAAGCCUAUGUCCUCUGACUUGCUUCAUUGAGUUGAUAUUGUAAAUAAGUCAUACAAUUAAUAUGGACAACUUCACUCUUUAAAUCACAAUUAGCCAAU